AUGGCCACUGAUGAGUACAAACUUGUUUUCUUUGAACCCAAAAUUUUUGCAGCGCACAUAUUUUUAACCAAGGAUAACUCAUGGAAAAUUAUUGGAGCUCCUCACUCGUCAUUCCCACAUGAAAGCAGGCCUCUUUUAGUUUCAAAUGGAGCAUGUCACGGGGUCGUCAGAUAUGGAGUUUCGAAACAAGCUCUCCAUGCUUUCAUUUUGGUAGAGGAGGAGUUCCGACAAUUGCCAUUGCCUCUUGCUCUGAUGGCAGAAACAGCUCUGCAACGAUGGGUAGGUACCCAGGUUCUCAUAGGAGGAGGCUUUUGUGUAUGGUCUCGUAAUCAACAUGGAUACGCUGAAUUUUGGGAGAUGAAAGAGUAUGGGGUCCCUGAAUCAUGGGUUAAAUUGUUUCAUUUCAGGGUGCAUGAUAUACCAGAUGUUCUUUCUUCAGAAUUUGGUUGCAGUUUUGUUUCUGUUACAGAAGGGGGUGCAGUGUUGGUCUCCCUCGGUGACAAGGAGUUGGUCAGAAUUGAAUGUCACAGAGAAGAGAAGCCUGUCUGUAGUGGCCGGUGUAAGAUUCCAUGGCUAAUGACUAAAUGUGAUGCAAUGGUGUAUGGGGAAACUCUACUCUCUGUGUAG